AUGGCCGGAGAACAGCUUAAGGUCCUGCACUCACUAGAUGUGGCCAGGACACAGUGGUACCACUUCACGGCGAUCGUCAUCGCCGGCAUGGGCUUCUUCACCGAUGCCUACGACCUCUUCUGCAUCUCCCUCAUCACCAAACUACUCGGUCGCAUCUACUACUUCGACCCAAACUCCAAUUCACCUGGCUCGCUUCCCCCCAACGUGUCAGCCGCUGUCAACGGCGUGGCCUUCUGCGGCACGCUCUCCGGCCAGCUCUUCUUCGGAUGGCUCGGCGACAAGAUGGGCCGCAAGAAGGUCUACGGCCUCACCCUCAUCCUCAUGGUCGUCUGCUCCGUCGCGUCCGGCCUUUCCUUCGGCCACACCGCCAAGGGCGUCAUGGCCACCCUCUGCUUUUUCCGCUUCUGGCUCGGCUUCGGCAUCGGCGGCGACUAUCCCCUCUCCGCCACCAUCAUGUCCGAGUACGCCAACAAGCGCACCCGCGGCGCCUUCAUCGCCGCCGUCUUCGCCAUGCAAGGCUUCGGCAUCCUCAUCGGCGGCACCGUCGCCCUCAUCGUGGCGGGCGGGUUCAAGAAGAAGUACAACGUCCCUCCAUACAGCGUCGACCGUGCCGGCUCGACUGUUCCCGAGGCCGACUACGUCUGGCGUAUCAUCCUCAUGUUCGGGGCGGUGCCGGCGGCGCUGACGUAUUACUGGCGGAUGAAGAUGCCGGAGACCGCUCGAUACACCGCCCUUGUCGCUAAGAACGCAAAGCUGGCGGCCGCCGACAUGUCCAAGGUACUCAACGUCGAGAUCGAGGAGGACGUGGAGGGGGCCCAGAGGCUCGUCGACGAGCGGGCCAACAACUUUGGGCUUUUCUCCAAGGAAUUCGCCCGCCGACACGGGAUCCAUCUGCUCGCGACCACCACCACCUGGUUCUUUCUCGACAUCGCCUUCUACAGCCAGAACCUCUUCCAGAAGGACAUCUUCAGCGCCAUCGGCUGGAUCCCCAAGGCUGCCACCAUGAACGCCAUCGAAGAAGUCUUCAGGAUUGCCCGCGCCCAGACCUUGAUCGCCCUCUGCGGCACCGUCCCCGGGUACUGGUUCACCGUCGCCUUCAUCGAGGUCAUGGGAAGGUACUGGAUUCAGAUCAUGGGCUUCUUCAUGAUGACCGUCUUCAUGCUUGCCCUCGCCAUCCCGUACGACCAUUGGACCCACAACCAUGUCGGCUUUGUGGUAAUGUACGGCUUCACCUUCUUCUUCGCCAACUUCGGGCCCAACACCACGACGUUCAUCGUGCCGGCGGAGGUCUUCCCCGCCCGGCUGCGGUCGACGUGCCACGGGAUCUCGGCGGCGGCCGGGAAGGCGGGUGCGAUCGUAGGCUCCUUCGGGUUCCUGUAUGCGGCCCAGAGCAAGGACCCGAAGAAGAGGGACAAGGGAUAUCCGACCGGCAUCGGCGUCAGGAACGCGCUCUUCUUCCUCGUCGCGACUAACUUUUUGGGACUCGUCUUCUCAUUGCUCGUGCCGGAGUCGAAGGGGAAGUCGCUGGAGGAGAUGUCCAAGGAGACCGAAGGAGAACUCCAUGAGACUACCGUUGCUUCUGCUUAGAGCUCCGGAUUACUUGGUGCUUUGAUUGAUCUUGUGCGCCUUACUGAAAGUUUUACGCUGUGUGCCUUUUGAUGUUU